AUGUGCAAUCUUAGUAAUACACAUUUCUUAUUGGAUUUCUCAACGAUGAGUGCCAUAUUAUCAGCAGACGACUUGAAUGACUUUAUAUCACCAGGAGUGGCAUGUAUAAAACCAGUACAAGACACAAAUACCAAUCAAGAGGCGAAUGGGAAUGGAGAGGUUGAAAUUCAAAUUGACUCAGAAGGUAACCCACUUGAAAUAUCCAAAAUUGAUGGAAAACAAACCAACUUAUCGCCAGCACAGAUCUCCCUAGCUGACUGUCUUGCUUGUUCAGGAUGUAUAACGUCAGCAGAGGAAGUUUUAGUUGCACAACACUCACAUCACGAAUUGGUGAAGGCGUUGAAAUUGCAAGAUAAAAUAUUCGUUGCUAGUAUAUCACAACAACUGCGUGCAUCCUUGGCCACAGCAUACAAUUUACCAGUGGAAACUAUAGAUAAGCUUCUAAUUGACUUGCUAGUUAAUCAAAUGGGGUUCAAGUAUGUCGUAGGAACAUCGCUAGGGAGGAAAUUGUCACUUAUCAAUGAAGCACAACACGUCAUCACUAACAGGGGCAAAGGCUCAAAUCCAAUAUUAUCUUCAAUAUGCCCAGGUUGGGUAUUGUAUGCAGAAAAGACCCACCCAUAUGUGCUACCUAUGAUCUCAACGGUAAAAUCAGCGCAACAAAUCACUGGCUGCUUAUUAAAGACGCUCACCGCUCAUGAUUUUCACGUACAGAAGUCUCAAGUCUACCACUUGUCCAUUAUGCCAUGUUUUGAUAAGAAGCUAGAAAGCGCUAGACCAGAGAUAUUUGGAGACACAAUUCCAGACGUUGAUUGUGUAUUGACGGCAAAAGAAUUGAUUGCCUUGCUUGAGGAGGAAAGUUAUCAACUUGUUCCCAAGGUCAACCCACCGAUAGUGAACUUGCCAACAGAGGAUGUUUACAGUUUAGUAGCACCAAAUGAUUGGCCAUAUGUUCAAUACUCUUGGACUAAUGAUCCGGGUUCUGCAUCAGGUGGAUAUGCAUUCAACUAUCUCCGAUGCCUACAAGAAGAUAUGAUGCUAAAAGGUCACGAUGAAAGUGGUUUUUCAAUGAAGAUAAUACGAGGAAAGAAUUCAGAUGUGUACGAAAUGAGACUUCUGUAUAAAGAGGAUAAGGUUGCAAGUGCAGCAAUUGUUAAUGGAUUCAGAAAUAUUCAGAAUUUAGUGAGGAAGCUUAAACCCAAUGGAAAAGCUACUGGAAGAGUAAACCCAUUGGCUGCACGAAGAAGAACUAGAAUAAAGAAUUCAGAAUCAACUCCAGUUGAAGAAACAGCUGACCCAUCUAAAGUUGAUUAUGUGGAGAUUAUGGCUUGUCCUAGUGGGUGCAUUAAUGGUGGUGGCCAAAUCAACCCCCCAAAAGAUGUUUCCGAAAAGGACUGGAUCGACGAGGUAUUAAAAAAGUAUAACACAGUCCCCACUUUUGAUUUAUCUUUGCAUCCUAAGGAAGUGCAAGCAUUAAUUGAAUGGAAUAAGAUCUUUGAGCAAGAACAUGACGUCAAUCAAGACAGGAUAUAUAAAACGUACUUUAAUGAAGUUGAAAAACCAACUGAUCCAACUGCAAUCCUUGUGGGAUCAAAGUGGUGA